UUCCUGCAGCAGCCUCUCCUCCUCUCCUCUCCUCCUCGGCCGCUCGCUCCUGCCUCCCCGCCCGCGACAGCUCAGCAGCGGUGUGGUCGCCCCGGACGAGCGCUAACGGAAACUCUCCGCACCGACAGGCCUCCUCCUCCCUGCUAGAGUCACUGCGGCGGCGGCGGAUACUCAGCUUACACACGCAGAGAGGAGCCUUACGUCUCGACUUUAAAUUUGCUCUUUUAUCUGAACGCCUCGGUAGAAAGCAAAGAAGAAAAGGAAAGAAAAAAGAACCAGCCAGUCUUGAUAAUGGCGACAGCUGCCGUGUCUGCCCCCGCUGGCUGCGGCCCCAGCCCCGGACCGGGAACCGAGCUGGUCCGCGGACAGGCCUUCGACGUCGGGCCUCGGUACAGCAACCUCUCCUACAUCGGGGAGGGCGCCUACGGGAUGGUGUGCUCUGCUUAUGAUCGUGACAACAAGACACGCGUGGCCAUCAAGAAGAUCAGCCCCUUCGAGCACCAGACCUACUGCCAACGCACCCUGAGGGAAAUCAAGAUCCUGCUGCGCUUCAAGCACGAGAACAUCAUCGGGAUCAAUGACAUCAUCCGGGCGCCCGUCAUCGACCACAUGAAGGACGUAUACAUCGUCCAGGAUCUCAUGGAGACGGAUCUCUACAAGCUCCUGAAGACCCAACACCUGAGCAACGACCACAUCUGCUACUUCCUCUACCAGAUCCUACGAGGACUCAAGUACAUCCAUUCUGCCAACGUCCUGCACCGCGACCUGAAGCCCUCCAACCUUCUCCUCAACACCACCUGUGAUCUCAAGAUCUGUGACUUUGGUCUGGCCCGUGUGGCUGACCCUGACCACGACCACACUGGCUUCCUAACAGAGUAUGUCGCCACGCGUUGGUACAGAGCUCCAGAGAUCAUGCUCAACUCCAAGGGCUAUACCAAGUCCAUAGACAUCUGGUCGGUGGGUUGCAUCCUGGCUGAGAUGCUGUCAAACAGGCCCAUCUUCCCUGGGAAGCACUACCUGGAUCAGCUCAACCACAUUUUGGGGAUCCUGGGCUCUCCCUCCCAGGAAGAUCUCAACUGCAUCAUCAACAUCAAGGCCAGGAACUACCUGCUGUCGCUGCCGGUGCGCUGCAAAGUGCCCUGGAACCGCCUCUUCCCCAACGCCGAUCCAAAAGCUCUGGACCUGCUGGACAAGAUGCUCACCUUUAACCCCCACAAGAGGAUCGAGGUGGAGGAGGCGCUGGCCCACCCCUACCUGGAGCAGUACUACGACCCCACAGACGAGCCCGUGGCCGAGGCCCCGUUCAAAUUCGACAUGGAGCUGGACGACUUGCCCAAAGAGACGCUGAAGGAGCUCAUCUUUGAAGAAACGGCUCGCUUCCAGCCCGGCUUCAGGUCCUAACGGCCCCCACAGGUACGCACAGGAGAUUCUGCGGACGGGUUCUGCGUCGCCACUGCUCCUCCCCGCCUCCACUCUGUUGCUGUGAUUUUGUUUUUUUUGGGUUAUUUUUGGGGUUUUGCUUUGUUUUUAUUUCUCCUCCCCUGAUGUUCGCACCGCCUGGAUUCCUCCGGUCUCUUAUUUUCUCUCGGCAAGUCCACUUUGCUCAGGAACGGCGUCAGGAAUCAAUCAGUCAUCCUGUCUCUCAGCAGAGAGGUGAGGUGGGGGGGGGGGGGUCACACGUCACAGCUUAUGGUUUGGGGGGAAACUGUGUUUUUUGAAGCCAAGAUAAACAACUUUUUUUUGUGUUUAUGUGCGUGUCUCAAAAGGCAUUUGGCUCUUAUGAUUUAAAACUUUUUUUUUUAUGAUAAAUUUGUUUUUUUGUUUUGUUUAUUGGGGUUUUUUUUGUUUUUUGGUGCAACUUCUUUGCACCAAAAAAAAAAAUCAAUCAUUAAAACAAAACAAGUUUUCAUACCUUUUGUUGCACUGUUACAAAAGGAUGCAGUGAUCUGUCUUUUUUUCUUUCUCUCAUUAUGGAAAAAAAAUUUAAUUAAUUCACCUGAUUUAUGCAAUUAUGACAGAAUUCGCCAGACUAUCCUGGCCUGAAGCCAUCACUUGGUGUUGAUGAGGAUGUAUAUUUUAUCAAACCUUGUAUUUUAAUCUCAAACAUACUCACACAAAAGGCCCAGAUAUGAGGACCUCAUAUAACUAUAAAUAUAUAUAUAUAUAUAUAUAUGAAGCCUGAAGAGUCUUAAGAUGUUUUAUUGUUUAGGGUGAAGAUAAGUGAAUCUGAUGAGUUUUCCCAGGAAAAAAGGCCCUUUUUUUUCUUAUUGGCAUUAAAACAUGUAGAUAUGUACCGAACGAGUUCAUUGGAAGUUUCUGCCUUAGCCACGAGGAAAUAAAGGAAAAGUUGAUUUCACACAA